GACAUAGUCUGUGUAAAUUGUAAAAAGUGUGGACACGUACGUAGGUAUCUAAAUGUAAACAUAAGUCAAAUGAAUUCAAUUUUUAAAUACCUAGUCAAUAAACAGGGCAUUAGUUAAAAUUACGUCAAUAAAUACUAAAGAUACGCUUUCGUAUUCAUAAUGUUUCUGGCCUAGAUAACUGGUACACAUGUUUACUCACGUAAAGCUGUGUUUGUCACGUUUGAUAAGAGUACUACUUAUGUGAAAAUUGAAGACCGUGAAGACAAGCUUCAUUUGUAUAAUUUUACGAAUUCACUCAGCAUGUCUGAUUGCGGGGACAGUGAUGUUUUAUGGAUACCAUACAAAGAAAGGCCGGAGUGGAGUGAUGUUACGCCUGUUCCAGAGGAUGACGGACCCAACCCAGUGGUAGUUAUAGCUCAUUCGGAAAAAUUUGAGGAUGUGUAUGAUUACUUCCGGGCAGUUUUACAAAGUAAUGAAAAGUCAGAACGAGUACUUCAUCUUACAAAGGAUGCUUUGGAAUUAAAUCCGGCUAACUACACUGUUUGGCAAUACAGGAGAGAUUUGCUGAAACAUUUGAACACUGACUUGAGGACAGAAUUAGAUUAUGUUGAAGCAGUUAUAAAGAAUUCACCAAAGAAUUAUCAGGUAUGGCACCACCGUAGGGUUUUGGUAGAAUGGCUGCAAGAUCCCACAAUGGAACUUGAAUUGACAGGCGAUGCACUUCUACAAGAUCCAAAGAACUAUCAUGCUUGGCAACAUAGGCAAUGGGCUAUCAAAACAUUUGGGCUUUACGAAAAGGAACUAGAUUUCGUCGACAAUCUGAUCACGGACGACGUUCGUAAUAAUUCAGCGUGGAAUCAGCGAUACUUUGUAGUGAACAAUAAUUUAGGCUGGUCGGAUUUGAUUUGUCAGCAAGAAGUGUGCUACACUUUGGAAAAAAUUAAUUUCGUUAAAAAUAACGAGAGCGCGUGGAAUUACUUGAGAGGGCUGCUUAUACAUGAUAAGCGUGGUCUUAGUGGAAACGCUGUUAUCACAUCGUUUUGCGAAGAACUGUACAAGAACAAGUGUCGGUCGCCUUUCCUUUUAGCUUUCAUCAUAGAUGUAUGCGAGGAUGCUAUUAAAAAAAAAGAUACAAACUGCUUCCACAAUGCAGACAGAGCUGUGGAAUUAUGUCAGGCAUUGGCCACUAGAUACGACAAAAUUAGAAGUAAAUAUUGGAAUUAUUUAUGUGAAAGAUACAAGAAAUACCAAAGCGAACAGCUUAGUAAUGACAAUAAAACAAACGAUCUAAUAAUUGAUGAAUAAUUCGUUAUUUUAUUAUAUUUGUAAUCAUAAAUAAAUUUGGAGAAACGUCAUAACGAAAAUAAUA